CUGAAAUCGGUGAAAGCGUCUAUCGUGCCGGUUUCCGGAAAUUUGUGUUUUCAAACUCGCAUGGUGGUAAUCUCGAAAUAACUGAUCUUGUUGCAAGAAGUUUGCGUGUGAGUCACUCAGAUUUUCUGGUAUUUCCUUUGUUAUUUGGAAUUUAAUAAUUGAUGCUACCGAUUAGGGCACAUUCAGAGGAGCAGAAUUCGGUACCAAUGCCGGUGACGCCGAAACGAGCGUGUUGUUGAAAAUCCUGCCCGAUCAAGUUAAAAUGGAUAAAGCAAAAGCCGAACGUCCACCAAAAUUAUCCAAAGAUAGUCUCUUGAGUAUAGAUGAUAAACUAAGCACAGGAGGUAAACUAACAUUUGGGUGGUUAACAAAGGAUUUAAGUCAGAGCGGAGUAAUUGGGGAUCCAACAUCAGCCACAAAAGAGAAAGGGCAACAAAUAUUAGAACUACUCCCUAGUAGAAUCCGCGCUUCAUUGCGCGUCGGUAAUAUUCAGCCAUAG